UUCAGACAGGAAUAGGAGCAGAGCAGCAAUUGAAAAACAGCUGUCCGGCAGACGUCGCAGUCAACUGAAGUGCAGCCCUGAGGCAGAGACAGGAGGCAGGACGGUGUCAACGCGCCUUAAAGACAAGCCACUGAACACACACACACACACGGCACACACACACACACGGCACACAGCACAGAGUGCAGGGAUCAGGAGCUGAGGCACCACCGUGAAAGAUUAUCCACAUCAAAAGACAUCGACUAGAAUCCUCCGCUCAAUCCUGGCUGCAGCUGUUGAGAAGCAUGUGUGAUACCUGCAUGGCCGACGGGAUAUUGAGAAUGUAACUCCAGCCUCUCCUCGGGGAUCUCAAACAUCCACAAGUUCUAGAGCAACUUCAGCUUUUGUCGGAGUCCUGCAGUCACAGCCAUGCCAGCGAAAGCUCCAAUUUACCUGAAACCCACCAACACUAAGAAGGGGAAGAAAUGUCGCCUUCGAGACAUUUUGUCACCGGACCUGAUCAGUCCGCCACUUGGCGAUUUUCGACACACUAUUCACAUAGGUAGAGGGGGACAGAGAGAUACCUUUGGGGACAUGUCCUUCCUCCAGGGGAAAUAUGAACUCUUACCAGGGAAGGGGGAACCUCAGUAUGGCGUCCAAAGUGAGUUCCUGCGAGCAAACAGUACAGGUGAUGCUUUAUAUGUGGAUACCCCAUCUCCUGUCCUCAAAAACGCCAUCUCCCUCCCAACCAUCGGUGGCUGUCAGGCACUGACCCUCCCACUCAUUUCCUCCGCUGUCUUCUCAAUACCUCCUGAGCCGCUGGGGGACAUAACGGGCUCUACAACGGGCUCUACACUGUCCCAGAAAACUGACAGUGUUGAGGACGUGGAGAUUGUGCAGAUUGACACUCUGUUGCAUCCUACUGACAACUUCAGCAGCAAGGCUCCACGUGUUCCACGGAAACCUGGCUCUGCAACGUGGUCUACAACGGGGUCUACACUGCCCCAGAAAACCGACAGUGUUGAGGACGUGGAGAUUGUGCAGAUUGACACUUUGUUGCAUCCUACUGACAACUUCAGCAGCAAGGCUCCACGUGUUCCACGGAAACCUCGCUCUGCAACGUGGUCUACAACGGGAUCUACACUUCCCCAGAAAACCGACAGUGUUGAGAACGUGGAGAUUGUGCAGAUUGACACUUUGUUGCAUCCUACUGACAACUUCAGCAGCAAGGCUCCACGUGUUCCACGGAAACCUCGCUCUGCAACGCGGUCUACAACGGGAUCUACACUGCCCCAGAAAACUGACAGUGUUGAGGAUGUGGAGAUUGUGCAAAUUGACACUUUGUUGCAUGCUACUGACAACUUCAGCAGCAAGGCUCCACGUGUUCCACGAAAACCUGGCUCUGCAACGUGGUCUACAACGGGGUCUACACAGCCCCAGAAAACUGACAGUUUUGAGGACGUGGAGAUUGUGCAGAUUGACACUUUGUUGCAUCCUACUGACAACUUCAGCAGCAAGGCUCCACGUGUUCCACCGAAACCUGGCUCUGCAACGUGGUCUACAAUGGGGUCUACACUGCCCCAGAAAACUGGAAGUGUUGAGGACGUGGAGAUUGUGCAGAUGGACACUUUGUUGCAUCCUACUGACAACUUCAGCAGCAAGGCUCCACGUGUUCCCCUGAAACCUGACGUCCUUCUAGACCGCCUGCAGAAGACGACAAAGCCCAACUCUAAACUCAACUCAGUCACCAAAGCUAACAUCGCGAACAAACGAGUAAGUAGGAUUGAGAAGCCAUCUUGCUAUUACAUCCACGGUCACAGUAACACUAACUACAUAGCUAACGGAAGUCUUCACAGCAAUGCAAGCAGCGAUAGCUUUGAAAGUUUUUAUACAAAAGAGGACGAUAAGACCAAAAUCUACCAUGACAAAGUUUAUCUCCAUAACAGGAGCAAAGUUUUUGGACAUUUUACCAAUGACAUUAACUUGGAGUUGAAGGCGCAGGCGCUCUCCAAGUGCAAUGGAGACUGGGUGGACAGAGACAGCGGCGUGGAGGAGGGACGCAUCUGUGAUUUUGACUUGGACUUUUCCAAAGAGAAGAGCACAUCACAGGAGUCGCUCACUCGGAUCACAGGCUCACUGCUCUCCCUUGAACUUGAUCUGGGUCCAUCCAUCAUGGAUGAUGUGCUCAACAUAAUGGAUAAACCCGCAGUGAAGAGCAGGCCUUGAGCAGCACUGAGGAGUAAAGGGAGUGAUCACGUUAUCAAACUUCAGGCAUCAGGAGAGAAAUGACUCAAAAUGGGAAGAUGGCAGAAUCAGGAUACAGCAUUUAAAUGAGAGAUGUUAGCGCUCUCUAUGUUUUUAUUAUCAAAACAUAUAACUAUUCUGGUUUCUAUGGAGUGUUCUUGUGCUUGUUUACUUUUGGCCAUGCCGGCAUGUUCAUAUGCAUGCACUGUAGUUACUCUAAUGUGCCUUUAAUUAUCAUAUUGUUGUAAAUAUUAUCCUUAAGAGGCGUUCACACAUCACCGUUUCAUGGCAUUUCUCAAACCACCGCGAACCACACGUCCCAACGAUGAGAAAGGCUCUCCUUUCUCAACAUGGCACAAACACGGAUUGGUGCGGUAGAAACGCAGAUUUUUCAUAAAAUGGGGCAGAGUCCUCUACCCUCUACUCCGCAUCAACAACAGUGCUACCGCGCUAUAACAUGAGAGAAACAUAGAAAUGUAAUAACUAUUUGUGGCAGCAUCUGACAAAGUUAUGUGUUUCAGUUUUGCAUCUCAUUGCUCAUAAUUGUGGUGCGUUCCAGGAACCCUGAACAUAUUUUUCCCCUCGGCCAUCAGACUCAUGAACAAUAACAAGAUCUGAUAGCUCAGUUACAGCUCAUUUUUAUUCCUAUUCUGUGUUAUGUGUUUUAUGUUGUACGAUUGCACCAAGAAAAAUUCCUAGUUUGUGAACCCGUUCUCAAACAAUGGCAUUAAAAAAAAAACUAUUCUAAAAGUUCGAAACAGAGCUUGUUUUUAAAGACAGGAAAGAAUUAACCUCCAAUAGACGCACUAAUGAUAAUAUAAUAAUGUAUUAUGAUUAUUAUUAUCCACUAACGGUAAUCGUACAUGAAUCAGCUAAUCUCUACACUAUGAAGUAAAAGGAAACUUGACAGAUUUGUAAUCAAAUGCAAGUGAAUAAUGGACACAUUUUGCCUACUUUUUAGUACAUUUGUCAGCACUGUUUUAUUAAAAAUAAGUCAAUGAAUUGUUUUGUUGUGCAUGUACACAUUCAGAGUGUGCGUAUGUAGGACGGUAACUUUAGGUUUAGGGUAGGAGCCCAAAAGUAAGUCAAUAAUUUGUUUUGUUGUGCAUGUAAACAAACUGAGUGUGCGUAUGUAGGGCGGUGACAUUAGGUUUAGGGUGGGGUGGUAACCCUUCAGGAGUCUAAUAAUAAUGAUAAAUAAGUAAUACCACUACACAAAGCCUAGGGCCUGUCCUGCGUGUCUGUGUUAACACGAUAUUAUCCCAGAUCUUAUGGUGCAAACACGGAUCUUGCUGUUCUUUACUUGGCAAAAAACAAGGCAUUUUGAUCAUGGUCCAUUUCAAACCCCCAAGACUGCUACAAAAAAUUGAACAUAGUUAAAGUUUUUGUCGGCCCCCAAAGGUUCUCAGGGUUCAUGACUAAUGAGUGACGGAUGACCAGGGUUUGUGUGUGGUGUUAACAUGGUGUUUGGUUGAGCACGGCAAAUUGCCAAACCACCAUUUGAACCGGCAAUGUGUGAACGCCGCUUUAUACGUCCUCUUUCAAGGACUUCCAUGCAAUAUUAAUUUUCUACACACAUUUGAGUGGCAGACACGGUUUGUGUUUGUUUUUUUGUGUGUUAUACAAAGCACUGUUUGGGUUUUGUCUCUUCAUUGACUUGGAAUUUUCUAUGACAGAACACAAUGCAUAAAUGUGUUUUGGAAAUGUAACACGAAUAAAAUGUUUUUGUCCGA